AUGUCAACCUCUUCAGGCGCCAACAACACAAUCGAAGAUGAAAAAUUGGAGUCGCAGGUUCCGUUUCCACGUUGUACUCGCCGACCCCUUCCAUUUUCAACAUCAUUUGGGAGUGAGGGGGACUCCGAUGAUCCAUUAGAGGCAAUAGAUGCUGUCAGUACCAAGCUGGAUUAUAAUUCCAGACUGAUCAAUUCAUGGCACGAGAAAUGUGUUGAAGACGAGGCCAUUUUGGCUGAUCUUAACAUUAGAGUGAACAAAGCGUUCUCCCAAAGAACAAGUUGUUUGAUGAACCAUAUGCGAUGCGAAGAGCACCACAGUGAACUGGAGUUGGCAUUCAACGAAGGAUUCGAAAAAUUCCGAGCAUUCGCGGCAACAACUCAUACAAGUUAUAAUUGGGACUAUGUGUCCCCUGAUGCUGUGAGAGAGAUACUAGACGAUGGUGGUGACAUGAAUGAGCAUAAGCACGUCAAAGCUGCUCGGAAGAAGCCGACCGAUACGGCUAAGUGA